AUGACAGAAGGCAUUGAAGUUGAUGCAGGUACCGAUCACAUGGAUGACACAAGAUUUUGUGCUGCAGAUAUGGAGGAAGAAGUGAGGGAAGUUGAAGAUAUUGAAGUUGCUUCUGAAGAGACCGGUGAGGAAGUUGCGGCAGAAGCCAUGGGUAUAUGGAUGCCAUCAUCAAUACCUUACCCUGAUGCUUUAGCCCUUGGCCUAUAUUCCACAUGGGCGGGCACUAGGUCAAAGCAGGAGGCUAAUUACUGUCAGAUCAAAAUAGACAAGUGUGUUCAAAGCUAUCAGAGGACGAGGAAUGCAAUGCAGAGACUAGGAGCAGAUGAAGAUACUCUGAAGAAUGUUUAUCAAGAGAUUCAGCUGAGUCAGCUUAGCGUGGACCGAGAAGUCACUGAGGAGAACAGGUAUGAGCAGGGAUCAGACAGACUGGCUUGGUUUCGGAGGGUCAACAACGGUCAUGUAUAUCUCUCACUUUCCACGAUCAGUGCAUCUGGGAUUGCUAGGGUAGCAGUCUGGUGCGGAGCAGAUACUGAUCAUGGGGUCGAACCCGAUACACUCAAGAUGCGAUGGGCAAAAAUAUCUGUGGACAUGAAGCUCGUGAUACCCAUUGGAGAUGGAGACCAACAGUGUGAAGUAUCUCCAUGGUUGGUGUUUGAGAAGCAGGUGAGGUCUGGUUUGCGCGCUAUUGCAUCGCCGGGUACUGGGCAUGAGGAGUUUGAUGUGCUCCAGACAUGA